AUGGCGACCGAAGUGCAGGAGCUAUACGUGGAGCUGCAAGGCCACCUGCAGCGCGAGAACUUCCAGAAGGCAAUUGACACCAGCAAUAAGAUCCGAGCCAAGGCGCCCACUGACGUCGACGCGGCUCGCGUGAAGGCGCAAUGCUUGCUUCGCACGGGAAAGUUUGACAAAGCGUUGGAAAUCGCGGUCAAAGUCGACGGCAUGGAGUUGGAGCAGGCGUACUGCCAUUACAAGCUGAAACAAGUGGAAAAGGCACUGGAAGUGUUGUCCCGUAUUCCUGAACCCAAGUCCAAGUCUGCGCUACAUUUGGAAGCGCAAUCGCAUUAUCGCCUCAACAACUUCAACGACAGCAUCCGCAUCUACGAAUCGUUGCUGAGCAACGCCCAUGCUUCCGACGACACGGUGGAACUCAAGACGAACCUCAUUGCCGCAUAUGUGGCCGCGGGACGUGGCGCGGAGCUCCAGACCCGCGCGUUAGAGACGGAAGGCAGCUACGAAAUCGCCUUCAACAAGUCCCUCGUAGCCCUUCAAGCUGGCGACGUCCCUGGCUCUGCCGAGCACCUUGGCCAUGCCGAUCAGUUAUGCCGGGAUUCGCUGGCGGCGGAAGGGUACACUGCGGCCGAAAUCGACCAGGAAGCCGCGGUUAUCCGCGUGCAGGAAGCAUAUGUGGCGCAGCUCACGGGCCGAGAAGAACACGCGCUCGACAUCUACCGCCACGUGUCCAAAUCGAACGUGGAUGCGGGCUUGGUGGCCGUGGCGCACAACAACAUUGCGACGAUCCAGCAGCGCUCGUCCAAGGACACUUUCGACUCGCUCAAGCGCCUCCGCAGCGUCUCGAAGGAGACCCUUCGGGAUAAAUGCUCGUCCUCCCAGCAUGAAACGAUCCUCGCCAACCUCGCGCUCGUGCUCGCGCUCAUGCACAAGCCGGACGAAGCCAGUGCCGCGGUGGACGCGCUGGCGCAGCAGUUCCCCCACUCGGCAUUCCUUCCCCCGUUGCAACUCCACCUAUCCGCAAGCGACGAUGAAGGGGUUAUUUCGGGGUUGGCCGACUCGUUGAAGGGCACGACGACGGCGUCGGGGCUUCUCACGCUGGCGCAUCUGCACUGCCGUCUGGGGCGCCCCGCCAAGGCCGGCGACGCGCUCCGCCAGAUCCCGGCGAUCCAGCACACCCCGGGCACGGUGGCUACCCUCGUGGCGCUGUACGACGCGGCGCUGGACGCCAAGACGGCCGCCGCCGUCGUGGACGAAGCUGUCCGUCAGUCGGCCAAGUCGGCGGAAGUGCUGCUUGAGGGCGUGGGGCUGGCCAAGCUGAGCCAGGGGGCGUACGCCGCCGCGGCCGCUGCGUUUUGCCGCCUCCUAGACGGCGGAGGACACGACGUGGAAGCCCACACCCGGGUACGCGUGCUCGCAUAUGCCGUCGUGGCACUGUCAUAUGUGGACCCGACGGCGGCCGCGGCCCGGGCCGCCACCCUCCCGUCCGUCCAAUCGAGUGAUGUGUCGGUCGACGAGCUGGUGCGCCGCGCCCCGAAACCCCGAGGCGCCACCGUCGUCGUCGUGCCUGCAUUGGCCAAAGAGAAGAAGAAGAAGGGCGAGAACCGGGAGCGGGUGCUGCGGAAGCGGGCCAAGCGCAAGGCGCAGUUCAUCGCAUCGCUUAAAGCAAAGGCCGACUAUAACCCGCUGAUCGGGCUAGUGAACCCCGACCCGGAGCGAUGGAUCCCGCGCAAGCAGCGGAGCCGCCGCGGCCGAAAGAACCGCAAGUUCGUGGGCGCGCAGGGGGCGGGCAUGGGCACCGCCAAGGACGCGGCCAAGUUGGACGCGGCGGCGCGCGCGGCGGCCAAGAAGGCGGCACCGGCGGUGGACAAGGGCGUGCUGGUCACGGACGGUCCAUCCUCCAUGAACCGCAAGGCUCGCAAACGUCGGUAG